UUUACAUCGAGCCAUUGCCAUGUGAAAGAUGGCAGAUUGGGAACCCCACUGGGACCACGAACUAGAAGUAGUUCGCUCAUUGGAGGGAGAAGUCGGCGUUUUUCUGCUCCCCAGGGAGUCCGAACUAUUCACAUGUGUUAUCUCCGAGGCCUGCACGUCGCCAGAGCUAAAUAUACCACGAACCUCAUCCCCCAGGCGACUGCAUCUCGUGGCGGACUCGGGGUGUACGGGAAAGGUUGGGUCCCGGGGGAGAGGCCCCCUUGGGCGCAGUUAGUUUCAGGGCAAUUCAAUAUUCAUUUCAUGACGUAGCUUGGGCCCACAUGCUGGGUUUUAGCUUUCAACAGCGGAAUACAGCGCCGUGCGCUCUCUCAGACAAGCUGCGUUGGGAAACCAAGGUCUGAAAUGUCGCGCCGAAAGCAAGCACGACCUAAAUCUUGCAAACUCCCUCUGACAGGAGAGGAUGGCCUUGAUCUAGGAGAAGACAACUCCAUACAAGAUGAGGACACGCCUGAUGUGACAACAGUGGGCACUGAUUCUGAGUCGUUGUCACAGACCCCAGUUCCUGUUGUGGAGGCUGAUGGGACAGAGGAUGACGAUGGUGAGAUCCUGUCGGAUGAAGAUCCGGCAGAGGUCAGAGGUCAGCCGUUCUGUUGUGAAUCAUGCAAUGCCAUCUUUAACAGCCUCGACCAGUUCAUGGAUCAUCGGAACUUUGACUGCACAGGAGAUGGGACAUGUAUCGCCAUCCCGUGGAUGCUGAAUGACACGUCUAAUCCCGCCAGAUCGGAUACCCCAUCAUCAUCAUCAUCUUCCCUGGAGUGCAGCAAGAGCCCGCCAACAGGAAGUGACUCCCGGUCGCCAGUGUCGGAUUCCCUCACUCCCGAUCUCCUGCCGUUCUCCAACGGUGUCAACAAGGCCUUUCCCUAUGGCUGCCAUUUCUGUGAUAAGGCCUUCUCCAGAAUGGCUUACCUCAAAAUACAUGAAAUUGUUCAUGGAGACCAGAUGCCGUUCAAGUGCAGCCACUGCCAUCGUCUGUUCCGCCAUAAGCGCAGUCGAGAUCGCCACAUGAAACUCCACACAGGCAUAAAGAAGUACAAGUGCCAGCAGUGUAAUGCUGCAUUUUCCAGGAGUGAUCAUCUGAAGAGUCACAUGCGAACUCAUGACGGUGGCAAACCUUACCAGUGUCCUGUGUGUUCCCGAGGCUUCCUGACUGCAGCGUCCCUGACGUCACACGUGUUGGCCCACAAGACCUCAUCAACACUGCCAGCAGGCAACAGGCAACUGGAGUGUCUACAGUGCCAAGAAAAAUUUCCAACCACCAAAGAACUCCAAGCUCACCUCAUUGUUCACACAGUAAAGGUUGAGAAGUGUCAGUGCCAGUUGUGUGGGGAGUGUUUCCUGGGACAGGAGGCUCUGGACAAUCACCAUCAUGACAUCCAUGAGAACCCAUUGGAACUGAAGUGUCCUGUUUGCUUUGAUAACUUCUACAGCACAGAACUGCUUUGUCAGCAUAUGGACACUCAUAACUUACCUAACUCAGAUGAUUUGUCUUCAGUUCAUGAAAGUGGAGACAACUCUAACCUAGUUCAGCUAAGUGGAGAUAACUCAUCUUUGUCUACUGGAAGAGUCAGUGUUGCAAGUGAUCUAUUGAUUUGUCCUUAUUGUAUGAGAGACGAUUUUAAUAAUCUGGAAAUGUUGGAAAUUCACAUGCAAAGCAUGCAUAGUGUAAAACCGGCUGAGAUCUACACGUGUAACUACUGCAAUGCUCCCUAUCCAAAUCUUUACAGUCUUCAUGAUCACAUGAACGUGGUUCACAGGAACCAGCCAUGUAUGGACAUCAAGUACCCCUGUAGUCUUUGCACAAAGCAGUUCCCAAGUAUAGAAGCGCUUGCAGAACACAAGAAGACUGCUCACUACUUCAAGGAAGGAUCAACUGCUAUGGUAGACUCCAUAUACUGUGUUCAGUGCACCCUUGCAUUCUCAGACCCAGCCGCUCUUGAGGAACAUCGGAACGCUGUCCACAAAACACCAGCCUCGGAGAAGGUUAAGAUUGGUGGCAAGAUGAAGAACAGGAGAUCAUGGUCCAAGCUGAACAAGGAUCACAAACUGUGUAGUCCCCCGAAAAGGCUGAACAUGGGUGUGAUGGGCAAUGGGACCAGUAUAUAUGAGAGUGUACCAAACAGUUUAACCUGUGACCAGUGUAAUGCCACCUUCCACGACAUGACAAACUUCCAGGCACACAUGAAGCUCCACCUGGAAUCCGUCAUGACCAAGUUCACCUGCAAGCAAUGCAACCAGCAUUUCCAGACGGAGGAUCAGCUGGAGAACCACUCCUCCAUCCAUUACCUGUGUAUGACGACUGAGUACGGCUGCACCAGCUGCAUGAAGCUCUUCUCCAAGCCUGAUGAGCUUCAGAAGCAUCUGAUGGACAUCCACGCCCACCACCUCUACAGGUGUUCCCUUUGUAAGGAGAUCUUUGAUUCCAAGGUCAACAUACAGGUCCACUUUGCUAUCAAACAUAGCAAUGAGUGCAAGUUGUUUAAGUGCACACAAUGUGACAACAUCUUCCGCUCAGAGACUGAAUGGCAGGUCCAUGUUCGCGUGAACCAUCUUCACAUGUCCAAACCAUACCGGUGUCUCUUUUGCAAGGAGAGCUUCUCUAAUGAAAUGGAAUUGCAGUGUCAUCUGACAACUCAUAGCAAACCCUUCAAGUGUCCUAUGUGUGACAGCUCUUUCCAUAUAGAGUAUCUUCUAGAUCAGCACAUGCAGAAUAUCCAUGGGGACAAGCCAAUGCAUGAACAACCACGUCCCCCUAAACCUGAAGUUACAGCUGUAAAAAUCAAAACUGAAAAAGACACUGAGAUUCUCUUUGAACAAGAAGUUCCUGCUCCAGUUCCAAGGACAAGCCCCAUGCCAGCAUCUUCACCGGCAGCAAUGGGAUCUGCUAUCUGGAAGAACACAGAGCCGAUGCACAUGUGUAAUAUAUGUGAUAUGAAGUUCAGUCAACAGUCCCUCCUCACCAUGCACAAAGCUCAGGAUCAUGGCCUCAAGGUCACCAAGACAUCUGACAUUGCUGACCUGCUUACUCCACCUCGAGACAAGCUGGUGGUCCCUAACUCAGCCCUGAUAUCUGCCCUGACUGGAGACAGACAGAUGUCCUCCUGCAUCUACUGCAGCCAGACCUUCAAGAACAAAUCCGAAUAUGAGAAGCACAUGAGGAUUCAUCUUAGCUCGGAGAAUCUCAAGUGUAACAUCUGUGAUGAAGUGUUUCCAUCUGGGAGCAUUCUGGCAGAACACAAGCUCCAGCACUGUAAGAUCCAGCAGGGAAACUCCUGUGUUGUGUGUAAGAUCAGUCUGAAGAGUGAGGACCAAUUCUACAUCCAUUCCCAGGAACAUGGCUACCAAGGGUCCUUAUUACAGUGCAUUGUGUGCCGGCAGACCCUUGCCUCACUGGUAGAACUCAAUAUGCAUGGCAAACACCAUUUUCAGUCAAAGCCCAGCUUCUAUACAUGCUGUGUCUGUCUCAAGAGCUUUGACUCAAAGGAAAACCUUGUUUCAAAGCUGAACACCAGCGGCAGGACAUACUAUGUCUGUAAGCCAUGUUAUCAUGGAGAGACUGUUGAACAUACUUGUGAAAAAUGCAGCCAAACUUUCCAAACAAGUGCCCAACUAGAUGUUCAUAAACUGACCCACAAGCAGACUUUUCAGUGCAUUAAAUGCCAAGAGUCUUUUGGAACAGAAUAUGAGAUUCAGAUGCAUGUUGCUACUCAUAUGAUUCAGGAAGGGAACGUUCAUGAGUGUAGACUGUGUGGCAAGAACUUUGAAACACCCUCCAAGCUACAGUGUCACCUGAUAGAGCACACAUACCAGGCUGGUGAAAUGAGGUGCAGUAUUUGCUGCAAUGUCUACAGCUCCAUCUCAGAUAUCCAAGCCCAUGCUCUAGAGCAUGGGAUCGGGGGCCGCAAGUAUGCCUGCAAUCAGUGCAACCUGAAAUUCUUCUUUAGUGCCGAGCUUGAGAACCAUCUCUUUUCCCACCAACAAGCCACUUCCUCAAGCCCUCGCAUGAACACUUCUCCGGGGCUCCGCAUGUCCCCUGGGAAUCGCUCCUCGACUCAAGGCUCCCCUGACUCUCAGAAAGCCUUCCCCAACACGAUGUCCCACCAGCUGCACAGUUCCCAGAAAUACAUGAUACACAAUGACAUCAAAGAUGCUCUCGGUGCUUCUGCCCCCUACCAAAACUCGUCCAAGUCUCGUCAAAGCUCCCCAAUAUCAUCGACCACAGUGGAAUGUCCGCAAUGCCACCAGCACUUUGCAAGCACCACGUACCUCCAGGCCCACCAGAAGAAGUGUGAGGGACACAAGGAGGAGAGGAUCAAGUGUUCCCUCUGCCCCAAAGUGUUCACUUCAGUCGGGACCAUGCAGCAGCACUUCUUCAGCAUACACUCCAACAUUGACCUGGACGGCAUGAAGAAGACCUACCCCUGUACAGAGUGUGAUGAGGAGUUCCCUUGCCUCAGUAACCUCCAAGGACACAUGAGGAUACACAAGACAGAUGCCAAGUUCCCCUGUCCAGUUUGCCAGAAAGUGUUUGCAUUAACGCGUAACCUUGCCAUCCACAUGCGUAUGCACAGCGGGGAAAAGCCAUAUGAAUGUCCAGUGUGCCAAAAGAGAUUCUCCAGAAAGGAAAACCGCAAGAGCCACAUGCGAUCUCACCUUGGGAUGAAGCCGUUCCUGUGUCCUGUGUGUCACCGUGCCUUCUCCCGACGCCGGUAUCUCCGCGAUCACAUCAAGUCCCAUGUAGAACAUGACUCUGCCGCUCUCUUGGAGCAGGUAAUGUCUGAGAUGGACACCCACAGCGACACCACCAGCGAGGAAGCCAGUCAGAACGGCAUACAAGAGUUAUCUGACCUUGACCAGAAAGAUGAACUAGAUGGAGCCACCAACACUGCCACCAGUGAAAUACUGGUUCAUUAGAAGCUCACCUUUGACAGGAUCUGAGUAAUUCAGAGUGUCCGUUUUAUGUCAGUUAACGAUUUGAUGUAAUGUAAUGUUGUGUAAACUAAUGGCCUCAACUGUAUCCUGACAUUGUUGAUCUAUGUUGAUCUGUAUGUUGCUCAAGCGUUGUCGCUGUAGGGCCUUGGUGUGUAGGUAUUAGGGCUGGGACGAGUCCAAAUUUACUACCUACGUACCUGUCCCCCGAUUUCUCGACCCUACUGGGUAACCACUCUAGGUCUCAAGACUUGGUACAAAAUGUCCGAUUGGCAAUUGUUUCACCUGAUUCCUGGCAAAUACUGUUUGCAUACACGUAUAUAAUGAUCUGAUCAUGCAUACACUGAAGUCGACUGAAGUUUUAUCUUUAUUCAAACAUGAAAGAAUGCGUGCAUAGUCAGAAAGAAAUGCAAACAUAAGUGAUUGUUGUUAUUGUAAUUAUACAAAAUAUCAGGUUCCUGUGGGUACCCGGGUCCUACUCAGUACCCACCUGACCCAAGUACCCGAAUUACCCGUCCCAGUCCUAUUGAGAAUCUAAGGAUGUCUACUGGUGUGCUCUGUUUACUGCAGACGUGAAACUGGCUUGUACCGGUGUGCUAAUCAGGCAGUCACAAUUCACGGAUGAAUCAAUCCGGGUAAAAGUGAGUUGAACACAAACUGGUUGAUAGCAAUCACCUCUUGUUAACAGGAUCAGGACAUGGAGUGAGUGAGUGAGUGAGGUUUUAUGCCGCUUUUAGCAAUGUUCCAGCAAUAUUCCAGCACAUGGGUAUAAUGUGUGAAGCCCAUUUGAGGUGUUCCCCCACUGUGAUAUUGCUGGAAUAUUGCUAAAAGCGGUGGAAAACCUCACUCACUCACUCACUCACUAUUGCUGGAUUGUGAAACUUGAUGGAAAUACAUACUCCUCAAAAGGGAACACACCAAGCAAUGUUUGAAAUAAAAAGAACUGCCAUUCUGUCAUCAGGACCCAUGUACUUUAGAAGCUGCAGGUCCUGUCUAAACUCGUCAGGCCCUCAUUUAGAAACAAAACUGCAGCUUAUUGUCACAAGUAAUUUGACACAUAAAUUAACUGCAGGCUAUGAGGACCCAUACAAACUUGAAACUACGGGCCCGACAUAAAAUCUACCUGCCACGGGCUGACAGGCAGGCGUGUUCUUCAAACACUGACUCCAAGUCAAUAUAUUUUACUUGUGAUGCUGUCUUAAAGGUUUUACACAUAUAUACUACUCAAAAGAAGUUAAGGACCACACAAUUGAUUCACAUUACUAUAGUUAAUCUGUCAAGGCAUGA